UAAAGGCAGGCAUAUGUGUGUUUGUGUUUAAGGUAGCCUCUUGCGUUCAAUCCUUCUGGCCUGUAAAAAAUAAAGAGGACUCUUGUUCUUAUCAAAAGAAGCAAUUUGUUUUCAGAGACCAAAAAAAUCUCCUCUCCAUUAGCAAACAGCAUUGCUCCAGCAUGAAAAGAGAAGUCCCAGCCCAGAAAAUUCUAGUUUAACUCCUGCUUCGUCUGGAUUUCUUUCCCCCUGUAUCAAUGCAUCUCCUUGGGCCCCUGGGCACGAACAAUAGUAGCACUUUUCAGCGCUGCAGUGAGAAUUUAGUGCUAUGCGCAGCCUUUAUUGUUGCACAGUUUCUAAAGAGCUGUGGUUACAUUGUGUCCCUUUAAAGGCAUUGACUGUACAAUCAGGCAGCUUCCCUAACAUCCCCCCCCCCAAAAAAAAACUCUUCCAAUUUGAGUCAGCAAGGAAUUCUUCCAGGGUGGAGAGAGUUGGUGAUAUAUUAAAAUGAAGGAGCCCCUUUCAAAUGUUAAACUUCAUGGCCUUCCAGAGGGAAAGAAGAUCCCUUAGGAAUGUUUUCAGCUUUAUGGAAACAUGAAUGCGAGGGAGCAAUUUGUAAAACAACAAGGCCAACAGCAUGGGUUCCCUUCUAAGCUCUUAAUCCAUCCUGGCCUCCUAUUAUGGCUGAUUAAUUUAUACAAUUAGUAGUGUGGUGAUAAUGAGCUCAUGGUGACUUUGUUGCCAUCCUCAUGUGAGCAUAGUUAAUUACAUGUUGCACGUUUGUUCCCAAAGGCUUUAACACAAGAGCAUUAAAGAGAAGAGUGACUUCUGGUGAUUACAGCAAAAGCUGAUUUGUGGGUUAUUGGCAUACCUAGCAGCAAAAGUAUGCAGCCAAAAUGUUAUAUAUUUCCUGUAGAUUCAUACUCAGGGAAUCCUAAGGAUACCCACAAUGGCUUACAGAUGCUAAUGUUGUUCUAGAUGGUGCUUAUAUUUUCUAAAGGUGACUUCCCUGUUUGCUGUUCUAGUGUCAGGCUCCAGUCUGACACAACUUCUGUGACAAGCUUCUAGAGUGAAUGUCGAAAGCACUGGACUGAGGCUGAGAUAGAUGUGAACAAUUACCACCUCCCUGUCAGUGUUAUGACACCCAGUGUUGCUGCCUCGGGCAAAAUGAGCUAGGGUGGCCAUGUGUCCUUCUUUACAAAGAACAGUUCUCUGUUUGAAGGUGUCUUCUGUUUAAGGACUGUCUCUACACCAAGACUGGAUGCAUACCACUUAGAAGGAAAAGCUGGGCCUUAAAGUAUCUUAUUAACAGCACCUGGGCAGGGCAAAUGCAGGUCACCUGGUCUCAUUCUCCCACACUAUGGUGUGAGAAUAAUAAUAUUCUUAUUUAAUAAAAUGCCUACAUUUGGAAGGAUGCAUUUCAUCUCUUUUUGACAAUUCUUAAGAGGUCACUCUCCUUGUGCUCUGACUCCUGCAGAACUUUCUGUGGGCAUACCAAGAAACUCCUGACUGGAUGGGCUGUUCCACCAGCAGAGGCCUUUACUGAAGAUAGAAAAGUGCCUCUGUCCCAUUCAAGCUGUCCUUUGCUUUGGCAGAGAUCCUACAUUGCUGUACAGGAUACAAUGAACAAGAUGAAAACUUUCAAGCGGCGUUUUUCCCUUUCGGUUCCCCGGACAGAGACUAUUGAAGAAUCACUGGCAGAAUUCACAGAGCAGUUCAACCAGCUGAACAACAGGAGGAAUGAAGCAGAUAUGGCACAGGGACAUCUGCACCUGAGUCAACUGAAUAGGGACAUCCGAGCGCAGCCCACUUCUGUUUCGCCUUCAGAAGGCCUGUCUCCAACAGCUGUACGUUACCGAAAUGGCAACCAGCGCCGUUUCUCGAUGGAGGACGUCAGCAAACGCCUCUCUCUGCCCAUGGAUAUUCAGCUGCCUCCAGAGUUCCUCCAGAAACUUGAGAUGGAAAGUCCAGAGAUUUCGAGGCCUCUUAGCAGGAUGUCUCGACGGGCUUCUCUUUCAGACAUCGGGUUUGGGAAGAUGGAAACCUAUGUUAAAUUAGAGAAACUUGGAGAGGGUACUUAUGCCACAGUAUUUAAAGGGCGCAGCAAGCUCACCAAGAACCUGGUUGCCUUGAAGGAGAUCCGGUUAGAACACGAAGAAGGGGCCCCCUGCACAGCUAUACGAGAAGUUUCCUUACUGAAGAACCUCAAGCAUGCUAACAUUGUGACCCUUCAUGAUAUUAUCCAUACAAAAUGCUCCCUCACUCUUGUCUUUGAGUAUCUGGAUAGUGACCUGAAGCAGUACCUGGAUAACUGUGGGAACCUGAUGAGCAUGUACAAUGUAAAGAUCUUCAUGUUCCAACUGCUACGUGGUUUGUCCUACUGCCACCGGCUUAAGAUCCUGCACAGAGACCUCAAACCACAGAAUCUGCUCAUUAAUGGGAAAGGGGAACUGAAACUUGCUGACUUUGGACUAGCCAGAGCCAAGUCUGUCCCAACAAAAACCUAUUCCAAUGAAGUAGUCACAUUGUGGUACAGGCCUCCAGAUGUCCUGCUAGGAUCCACAGAAUACUCCACUCCCAUCGACAUGUGGGGUGUGGGCUGCAUACACUACGAAAUGGUCACAGGACGCCCCAUGUUCCCAGGAUCUACUGUAAAAGAGGAGCUGCACUUAAUAUUCAGGAUGUUAGGAACCCCUACAGAAGAAACCUGGCCUGGCAUCACAGCCAAUGAGGAAUUCAAGGCUUACAAUUUCACACAGUAUCAAGCCCAGCCCCUGAUAAACCAUGUGCCCAGACUGGACACAGAAGGAAUCGACCUGUUGACAAAUCUUCUCCUGUUUGAAACCAAAAGCCGCAUUUCUGCUGAAUCAGCCCUGCGACACCCUUAUUUUACGGCCCUAGGUGAACGAGUGCACCUCCUUCCUGAGACUGCCUCCAUCUUUUCUCUGAAAGAAAUACAGCUUCAAAAGGACCCUGGCUACCGAGGUUCAAGCUUCCAGCAUGCAGCUCGAGGAAAGAACAGGAGGCAAAGCAUAUUUUAAGCCUGGUCUACACAUUCAAUGUAUCACCAGGAAGAUGAAAGCACUGAAAGGGGGCUGGACUGCAUAGAUUCCAUGGAGCAUAUCCCCAGAAUGAUGAAGGCUGGUGUCCACAGCACAGGAGCUGCCUUGCAGUCCCAGGUUGUUUUGCAGAAUCCCACAACUUUCACAGUCAGGAAAGACAAAAAAACCUGGUGGUUGCCUGGUCUAGCCUCCAUUCUUCAGACAGCAAUCAGCAUUCUUCACCUGGGCAAAGAUCUUCAUCGAGCUAUUAGCUGCCCUCAAAGGGGUCCUGAGAUGUGGAUAUGGCUGCUGCCCACAGCUGUAGAGGGAGGCAAAAAGGGAGGUGAGCAAGGGCAAGGAUCUCACUGCAGAAUCAAGACGUGCUUUGCUGCUUGUCUUGUCAUGACAAAUGUGCUGAAUUCCAUUGUUUGUUUUCCCCCAUCAUGAGUUGAUUCCUAGGACAACAUGCAAACUUGAUGAGCAUGAUAUUAACAGCGGGAAAGCCCUGCCUUUGAACUGAAAAGGAAACUUCCAAGUUUUAACCAGGGAGAAGAGAAGAAGAGAAGAGAAGAGAAGAGAAGAGAAGAGAAGAGAAGAGAAGAGGCCUUUUUCCCCCUUUGCACUUCCUCUGUUCUUUUUAUAAAGAAUGAGUCUCAAUUCUAAAAGGUACAAACAUUUGAAUGAGAGAAUGAGAUUCAGGGAGGCCUUUUGCAAAAUUUCCUGGCCUUCUCAUUCCAUUGUUUGUUUUCUGAACUCAUGCUGCUACACAAAAAGCUCCAGAUUUACGCUUGUUCACAAGUUGGUUUCAGAUUGCAGAGCAUGAUCUAAACCAUGCUUUAUUAGAUUUCUAUCCAGUGUUUCUGAGAAUCUCUUUCACUCAUCGCAAGAAUCAUUCAUCAAAAACCUGCCACUAAACAAAUUAGAUGCACUUUCCCUGCGAAAGAGAACUGAGAUCCGAUUGAAGAACUGCAGAAGCAUCUGAGUUGCUAUCAAAGCUCAUUAUAAAAUGUGAAAUAACUCAAGCCUUUCUUCCAUUCUGAUGCCAGAUUCCUGCAGCAAAUUCUGCUUUUGUGACCAGUAUGCUAAGUGCUUGCCCUUUUCAUUUCUUGCCCACAUUGAGAAAGACACUCAAACAUAAUCAAAAAGCUUUUCUCAAACACGUUGGACACACGCAUGCAGGCGUACUCAUUAUCCUGUGCAUGUUUAACUCAGAAGUAAGCUCCAUUAACAUGCUAAUAGGGCUUCCUCUCAGGUGUGCAUAGGAUUACAUCCAUAUGCAACAUGUAUAGUAUUAAGAUCCUGUAGAUUAUAGUUUUUAUUUUUCUUACUCAGGAGCACAUCCUAUUCAGGCCAAUCAAGCAAGGUCCUGUUUGGAAGAGGUUCCCAAAGAGUGGGCAAAUUCUCAGCCUGUCUCACUUUGAUGUGUGUGUGUGUUUUUUUAAGGGACCUUAUUUUCUGUUACUUUUCUUUAGCUAGUAUGCUUUUAUUCUGGUAGGCAGGAGCUAGAACUCUUGGGUUCUUUCAGAUGAACACCUUCUGUCACUACCAGUCAAAAGGAUUUGUGCAGCAGCUAAUCAUUUCCUUCAGAGAGUGCAUUCUUGUCCGUGUUUAGGUAGGAAGGAGUUCUCCAAGCAUGAUCCUUUCAGGGUGGUUGGCUGCAGCAUGCUAGGAGUUGUAGGCAUCUUUUUCCUGUCUAAACAUGCAUACAAAUGCACCCUUACCCAACCCUCCAGGGCAAGAAAGAUGUUGAAAGGGGUGAUGGGAAAACAACAAAAACUGUCUGAAGUUCUCAUAAAAGUCUGUGAAUGAAGCAGGGCAAUCGCUCAAUAAAAGUCUCAUCUGGAA